ACCGCCAUUUUAAGUUGAGGACAGAUCGUUUUCGCCCCCCCUGGCAAGAAGCUAACCAAGCUGAAGCCUCUGUAUCUCUUGGUUGCUGAAGUAUAUUCAUCUGUGGGAAAACAUCUUGCUUUGAACAAAGAGAGCGCACGCUCUUAUUCCACGUUGCCUGAUUCGGGCUCUCGGAGUUUUAAAAGGAUUGAAUGAAGAGUUGAGGUGAAAGAUGACCCAGUUUUUACCCCCCAAUCUGCUGGCCCUAUUUGCGCCCCGGGACCCCAUACCAUUUCUGACCCAGUUGGAGAAGCUUCCCCAUGAAAAACACCACAAUCAGCCAUACUGUGGCAUCGCUCCCUUCAUCAGGCACUUUGAGGACCCCAGAGAUGCCCCUCCCCCCACUAGGGCAGAAACUCGUGAUGAGAGGUUGGAGAGGAAGAGGAGGGAGAAGAUCGAGAGGAGACAGACGGUUGUGGAGACAGAACUGAAGCUCUGGGAUCCACACAAUGACCCCAAUGCUCAGGGGGAUGCCUUCAAGACCCUGUUUGUYGCUCGUGUGAAUUAUGACACCACGGAAUCCAAGCUUCGCCGUGAGUUUGAGGUCUACGGACCCAUCAAACGGAUCUACAUCGUCUACAACAAGCGGUCAGGGAAGCCCAGAGGCUACGCCUUCAUAGAGUACGAGCACGAGAGAGACAUGCACUCUGCCUACAAGCAUGCAGACGGGAAGAAGAUCGACGGAAGGAGAGUGCUGGUGGAUGUGGAGAGAGGCCGCACUGUGAAGGGAUGGCAUCCCCGCAGGCUAGGCGGUGGUCUUGGUGGGACAAGGAGAGGUGGGGCUGACGUCAACAUCAAGCACUCUGGAAGAGACGACACCUCACGUUACGAUGAACACCCCACAAUUGGAGGGGAACGAGAGCGUGAACGUGGACCUGAGCCCAGAGGGGAGCGCAGAGAGCGCAGCCGUGAGCGUGAACGUGGGGGGGAGAAAGAGCGCGGUGGCGAAAGACGGCGGUCCCGGUCCCGGGAAAGACGCAGGCGCAGCUCCCGCUCCAGGGAGAGGGGCGACAGGGCUCUAGGCCUGGCAGUGCCUGGAGAGGAGAGCAUAGUGGGUGGCAGGAGGAGAGACCGAGAGAGGGAGCGGGGGGGAGGAGGGCCAGGGGGAGACAGUCAUAGCAGGGAGAGGAGCAGAGACAAAGGUGAAAGGAAGCGGAGGAGCCGCAGCCGAGAGCGCAAGCGAGACCGGGAGAGGAGCAAGGGUGGCGAGGGGGAUGAGGGCAUGGGGCUUGCAGACGGUAUGAUGGGGGAGGGAGGAGAGAAGAUGCCUGAAGAGCCUAGUGUGGGUGAGGAAGUGGGAGAGGAGCGCGGCGGGAAGGAGCGGGACAGGGAGCGGGACCGUGACCGGAGGCGCAGCCACAGGGACAAGGACCGGGAGAGGGACCGGGAGAGGCACAGGGGGGACAGGGAGAAYGACAGGGAGCAUAAGAGAGACAGGGAGCGGGGUGGCGGGGAGCGCAGGGAGGACCGGCAUGGCUCUCUCCUGCUCCCCUCGGCCGAGCAGGACGACGUGGGUAACGGGAGGCGGGCGAACGGGCGAAGCAGCCGCCCCAGCCAGAGGAGAACAGCCAGAAUGGGUUUGAGUGACCAGGAGUCGGUGCAGUCGGGAGAGGGCUACGUUUACAAUAGAACGGCUACAAGGUGGAGACCCAGGCAGCACGAGUACUAA